AUGGACAAUUCUAGGUACAGUCAGUACAAAAAGCAUUGGAGUCACCCAGCAGUUCAGUCGCCAAGGGCUUGUAUAUGUGACGGUAAAUCAGCAUGUCGCUGCGAUGGACUGAAAGGCAAUAAGGGUGAGAGAGGUUUUCCUGGUAUUCAAGGUUUGCCAGGGCAACCAGGACAUUCAGGUCGAGAAGGCCCCAUUGGCCCAGAAGGUUUCAAGGGAGAACCAGGCUACCCCGGACAACAAGGUAUAAAAGGCUUGAUGGGAUUGCCAGGUUUGCCAGGAUUUCCCGGGAUUGCUGCUCUUCCGGGCAUCCCUGGACAAGAUGGUCCUCCAGGUCGUAAAGGUAUCCCAGGGUGCAAUGGCACAAAGGGGGAGCCUGGUCACCCCGGAGCUCCCGGUUUGAAAGGACCUCCAGGCUGCGUGGGUUUCCCGGGUUCACCAGGACCACAGGGUGAUCCAUCUCCGGGCCCACGCUGCAAACUACAAGAGAAAGGAAAUUCUGGCUGCGAAGGUCCUCUAGGGCCCCCAGGUAACCCAGGAAUAAAAGGAGCAAUAGGUCCAGUUGGGCCAUCAGGACCUCCAGGACAGCAGGGUCCAGUAGGGAUGCCAGGUCAUCCAGGGUUGAAGGGCAAUAUGGGAUUGGGCUUCGAGGGAUUCACAGGAGACAAGGGUGUGAAAGGUUUUCCUGGGCCUCCAGGUAGUCCAGCAGAUUUCAAGGAAGGGACUGGGCCGCGUAUCUUAAUUAAAGGAGAGAAGGGUCAACCAGGACCCACCGGAGACCAAGGAUUACCAGGGCUCCCGGGUUUACAAGGUUCCUCUAACGGUGAGUGCAAAGGUGACCAAGGUGAUCAUGGAGAUCCAGGGUUUCCGGGAAGAGAGGGGCUAUGUGGAGCACCAGGACUCCAAGGCAUUCGGGGAUUGAAAGGUGAUCUGGGUUUCCCAGGAAAUCCAGGGCAAAGUGGCAGUCCAGGAGCGAAGGGAGAUAUUGGGCCCAUAGGACCUCGUGGUCCAUCAAGGGAAGGAGAUGUCCUCGGCUGUGUGAAAGGAGACACUGGCCUGCCGGGCCCUCCAGGAUCAAAAGGACAACAAGGAUUUCAAGCGACUCCAAGGAUUCUGUAUUUCAGAGCAAAAAGCGAAGUCUCUUACGAUAAUUAA